ACAAUAGGACAUGCCAUGGCAACCUACGUCAACGAGGGGGCUUCAAGAUGACCCCCUCGGACUAACACUUCGAUAUCUUCCCGCGACAACAAUAGAGCAGGGGGGAUUACUCAAGACAUAGGCUUGUUGACUCAGGCGCAUCUCCAUAUACCCGAUACAGUGAGGGCAGGAACAGCCAGAAACUACUUUCCCCCUACAUCGCUUUUGCAAAAGUUGUCCAUGUCAGGCAAGGAAUACUACUGACUGUCUUGUGAUUUGGAAUACCAUUGGAUGUGUAUGUCAUCAAAGAUUCCUCUAAGAAAGGGUAGCACUGUAUCCCUACCCACCGAAGGAAAGAAAUUUACUUGUUACCAAGUGUCCAUUAUCAUCACUCAUGAUGAUGAUAAUUUAGCCGGAUGAAUCCGACAUUGGACCGAUCACUUAUUAUAUAAUAUCCGGAUAUUUUUGGAAUAGUUACAAACGUUUUUAUUUGAGGAUUAUCGCGCCUCGAGCUUCGCUGGAGUACUUUCGGAUCGUUCGUUCAACAAAACAUCCAGAAGAUGUUUUCAACAUGUUAUAGCUGGAAAUGGCAACUCAGGAAAAGUAUUUGAUUGUGUGGAAGAAGGCUCAUAGAAUGAAUAUAUUAACUUAGGCAUUAGACGCGAUUACAGAAGGAACCUUGUUUUUAGACAUUUUCGUCGACAUCACCGACCUCCAUCAUGGAUGUGGCGGCCGUGAUCACGAAAGAAAACAUCAACAACGUGAACUACCGGCGGUUGACCAAAGAGGCGAUCGGCGAAGGGAAUGAGAGAUAUGAGGCCAAGAAGGAGAGGCAGAGACUCAUCAAAACGGGUAAACGUCCCGAUCUCGAAGAUGAAGAGGAAGAGGAGAUGGAGGAAAAGAGGGGCAAGGAAAGUGAAUACGAUUCCGACUUCGCCUCCGGAAGCGUCUGCCCCUUCAAGCUCGGUCCCUUUCCCAGGAAACUCUUGAGUACCCCCAUCGAAGAACUGGACCCCGCCCGACAAGAAGAUAGGUCAUUUGUGGUCGUCGGCAGAAAAUUCAAAACAUCUCAGAUCUUCCGAUUCACGACCAACGACGCUUUAUAUUGUUUGUCACCACUCAAUCCAUUACGGCGGCUGAUGAUCAAGAUCUAUACCAACGAGUUCUUCGAUCUAUUCGUAAUCCUAACCAUCAUUGCCAAUUGUGUCUUCCUGAUGCUGGAUACUCCUAGGCCACCUGAAGUUGAAGAGCCAACUUACCUCAAAAUAGCUGAGUACAUCUUUACGACCAUCUACUCUGUUGAAAUGUUUGUGAAAAUCUUUGCGAGAGGAUUUGCACUCCAUCCGCAUACGUAUAUGAGAGAUGCGUGGAAUUGGUUGGAUUUUUUCGUCAUCGUUUUGGCGUAUAUCACGUUCGGGUUAGUCGAAUCGGGCGUCGACAUCGGCAACUUCAAUUUCCUUCGGACCUUCAGGGUUCUUCGAGCCCUGAAGACCAUCUCCGUCGUGCCUGGUCUCAAGAGCAUCAUCAACGCCCUCAUCCGGUCGACGAAGAUGUUGGGCGAGGUGAUGCUGCUGACCGUGUUCGCCCUCUGCAUCAUCGCCCUCCUCGCUCUCCAGCUCUUCAUGGGCAAGCUCACCCGGAAGUGCGUCGCGAACAUCCCACCGGUGGACUUCAACAUUUCCGACGAGUACUUCUUCAACUUCACACAAGACCCAGCAAAUUGGUUGACUUGGAAUUCAGAUCCCGUCAUCUGUUCAAACAUGACACUCGGAGGGAGAGAUUGGAGUUUAUGUCCGGAAAAUUACACAUGUCUGGAAGGCAUCGGGGACAACCCAAACGACGGUUACACGAACUUUGACAACAUAGGCUACUCCAUGUUAACAUGCUUCCAGCUUAUCACACUAGACUACUGGGAAAACGUCUAUAAUAACAUUUUGAAGGCGCAGGGACCGUACGCGGUCUUCUUCUUCCUCACAACCGUCAUGUUCGGCGCGUUUUACCUCAUCAAUCUUAUGCUGGCCGUUGUCUCCAUGGCUUAUACAGAGGAAAUGGAGAACCAAGGAAAGGAGAAGGCCAAGAAGAUGAAGCAGAAGAAAGACAACGUCAUGCACCUAGACGCAAAGAAACUGCAAAAGCUGGCAGCAAAGAAGAAGAAAAAGAAACAGAAGAAGCAAGCGGAGCAGGACGGACAAGAGGAGAGCCAGCAAGGAAGCCAGGUCCCGAUGCUGACCAACGGCAAGGAGAACGCCGGGUAUACAGGGGAGGGCGCUGCUCCUGGAACCGCAGAGACCAAUCGACAGGAUGAUUCUAUCAGUGAUGUUGGGUCAAAGAUAUCCGGGAAAUUUGCAAUGAAAGCUCUUCUUUCAACAUAUAAUAAACCGAUCGGAGCGGGCGCUGUCGAUGCUGACCAAGACACGGAGAUGAACGACGGCAUGACAGAUAUAAACGAUGCCAUGACAGAGAAUAUUGACAGUGUCUCAGGUAUAGGGAGCAAGAACGAUUCUGAUAGUCAAGCCAAGCAAUCAACCGCCGGUGGUGAUGAUGACGAUGAAGAAGCGAUCCCUUUCAACGAAGACGACCCCGAUAACCUGAAGAACUACCCCUGUUGCGACUACAACUGCUGCUGCGGUUGCUGCAGGCGGAACUUCAUCUGUACCUUCCCUCACUAUCGACGCUGGCGGAAGGUGCAGUACAUAGCCAGCUGGGUGGUCUUAGACCCCCUGAUGGAUCUUUUCAUCACCCUCUGCAUCCUCGGUAACACCGCCUUCCUCAUGAUGGACCACGAGGAGAUCUCCGACAGCCUCGCCUACAUCUCCGAGGAGGGCAACAAGGUUUUUACCUACAUAUUUACGAUUGAGUGCGUACUGAAACUCAUAGCUCUGGAUAAGAAAUUCUUCAAGAAUCCUUGGAAUGUUUUUGACCUGUUUGUCGUCUGCGUGAGUCUUCUCGAGUUUGGUCUGGCAAAUGUCGAAGGUCUGUCCGUCCUUAGAAGUUUUCGAUUGCUUCGAGUUCUUAAACUCGCCCAAUCCUGGACCACCAUGCGGACCCUCCUCUCUAUCAUCGCAUCGGCCAUCACGGCCAUCGGCAACGUGAUGAUCGUCCUUCUCAUCGUCAUGUUCAUCUUCGCCGUCAUCGGCAUGCAGAUCCUCGGCGGCAGUUACACACCGGAGAACUUUGGCGUGGCAACCUUUGAGGAGAUCCCUCCCUGGACCUUCCAGGACUUCCAGCAUUCCAUCAUGCUGAUCUUUCGAAUCCUCUGCGGAGAGUGGAUCGAGCCUCUCUACGACUGCAUGAACGUGGGCAACAAACCCUUCUGCGUCAUCCUCUUCAUCGCCACGCUCAUCGUCGGAAAUAUCAUGAUGUUGAAUCUCUUUCUGGCCUUGCUGCUCAACUCGUUCGCUUCGGACUCCCUCCAGAACAAGAAAGCAGCCUCUGAAUCCAAGCUCAUCCUGGCCUUCCGAAAGAUUGGUCGCUUCCUGAAGUGCCUGGUACGGCCUUGCCUCUGCUGCAAGAAGUACAAGAACAAGAACAAGAUCGGCGACAGCGUCGAGAACCUAAAGGCCCUUGCGAAUGGGAAUGGAACGACGAAGAAGAACGGCGUGAUCCCGAUCGAGAACGGUCACGGAGGCAAGGCCACCAUCCACGAGUUCAUCGUGGUCGAAGAUGUGGGCAAUAACGAAGAUAAGAUCUCGACCAUCGAUAUUGACAACGGUUCGCAAACAGUUAUUCGACAUAGAAACCAACUAACAACGAACGGUUAUCACCUUCAUCCAGCGCUAGCUUCAUCUAAUGGGAAUCUUCCAGUCAUGUAUACCAAUGGAGGCAGCUACCACGGCAGCGCAGUCAGCCUCAGAUCGCUUCCGAACCGUCCACACGUGGCAUUCGUCACCCCUGCUCCUGUUCCAGCCAUCCUACCUCCACCCAGAGUUACCCCAUCUCUCCGUCUUGACCCUGCCGACGCGAGAGAGAACGACUCCCUGGCCGACGACGCCGGCAACUGCCCUCUCGUCAUCAGGACCAACGCCGAGACGGGCGAGUUCGAACCUCCCCGCUCGGUAGCUGCCACCCCCAUCGCCGGCCGAUCAGUGAGCCACGCGAGUCUGCACAGUAUCGCUAGCAGGCGAGACACGGCUGUUAUUGUCCAAACAACUGCCACUAUGGAGGAACCCAUCCUGGAGGACCCGGUCAAAGACUGCCUGCCGAGGUUGUGCGCGAGCUUUUACGCCAAAAAGUGUUCCUGCAUCCCGUGUUGCCUGGACGCUAACGAGAGCAACUGGGCCUACCGGUGGAGGAGGUACCGGGAAAUCAUGUUCACCGUGUGUGAACAUAAGGUCUUUGAAACUUUUAUCAUCGUCGUCAUCUUUGGAAGCAGUUUCACCCUAAUUUUCGAGGAUAUCUACCUAGAUCUUCAUCCGAGACGCCAGGAGAUCCUCAAAAUUCUCAACUACGUAUUCUUUGGCAUAUUCGUCGUGGAAAUGUUGAUCAAAUGGAGUGGAUACGGUUUCGUGAAAUACUUCACAAGUUUCUGGUGCUGGCUAGACUUUUGCAUUGUUCUUGUCGGUCUACUGAGUCUCCUGGGAGAUGUCAUCGGGUUGACGAACUUCGCAGCAUUCCGGGCCCUCAGGACCCUACGAGCGCUCAGACCACUGCGGGCCAUCUCCCGAUGGGAAGGCAUGAAGAUCGUGGUCAAUGCCGUGGUCCACGCCAUUCCGUCGAUCGCCAACGUCCUGCUCGUCUGUGCCAUGAUCUGGCUCAUCUUCUCCAUCAUGGGCGUCCUCUUCUUCAAGGGUGUCUUCGACCGAUGCGUCGAUGAGUUCGGCGAUCGACUUCUCCACACCAUCGUCAACAACAAGUCCGAGUGUCUGGAGAAAAACUACUCCUGGGAGACGCCGCCGAUCAACUUCAAUAACGUUGGUCUAGGUUAUGUGGCGCUCUUUCAAGUGACGACGUUCGAGGGUUGGAUGGAGGCUAUGGCAGCCGCCGUAGAUUCGAGGGGAUCACGUGAGGAGAACUUGCAGCCUAUCAAGGACAAUCGGUUCUAUUACUACGUCUACUUUGUGAUUCUGAUUGUCUUCGGAUCCUUCUUUCUCCUCAAUCUCUUCAUCGGAGUCAUCAUUGAUAACUUCAACGCCCUCAAACGCAAGUACGAAGGGGAUAGCUCAAUGGAUAUGCUUCUUAGCACCAGUCAGAAGCAAUAUUAUCAGACUAUGAGACGAAUGGGAGUCAAGAAACCUACUAAGCAGAUCAAACAGCCAACGGCAGGAAACAAGAUCCAGAAUUUCUUCUACCGCUUGACCACGAGCAACAAGUUCGAGCUCGUCAUCGUGACCGUCAUCGUGAUGAACAUGAUUUUGAUGAUGAUUGACCAUUACGGGAUGUCUCAGGAGCUCACCGACAUCACUGCCAAGUUCAACAUCGUCUUCACGUCGAUCUUCGUCUGCGAGGCCGUCCUCAAGCUCAUCGGUUACAGCUGGUAUUACUUCAAGAUUCCUUGGAAUGUCUUUGACAUUAUUGUGGUGAUCUUCUCCGUGCUCGGUAUCGUGUUAGAUGACGUCUUAAACAGCGUCUUCAUCAAUCCCACACUGUUGAGAGUCUUGAGGUUGUUCAGGAUCGGUCGAGUCCUCCGCCUCGUGAAGCAGGCUAAAGGCAUUCGGAAGCUCCUCUUCGCCCUUGUCAUAUCUUUGCCAGCCCUUCUUAACAUCGGCAUCCUUCUCCUUCUCGUCAUCUUCGUCUUCUCCAUCAUCGGCAUGUCGCAGUUCGGGCACAUCAAGCUCGACGGCGCUUUGGAUAAAACCACCAAUUUCCAGACAUGGGUGAACAGCGCGUUGCUGCUCUUUCGCCUGUCCACCUCGGCUGGGUGGAAUGAUGUCUUAGACCCGAUGAUGAUUCAGGAGCCAGACUGUGACCCUAAUUUCGAAGGGCUCCCUAACGGAAACUGCGGUGGGUUCUACAUACCCAUAUUUUUCUCCACAGUAUAUCUAGUUAUUACAUUCCUUGUGGUGAUCAAUACGUACAUUGCAGUCAUCCUGGAAAAUUUCAGUCAAGCCCACGCUCAAGAGGAAGUGGGAAUUACUGAAGACGAUUUUGGUAUGUUCUACCAAAUUUGGGAGAAGUACGACCCCUCUGCGUCGCAGUUUAUAAAGUAUGAACAACUAAGUGAGUUUUGUGACGCUUUGGAGCUGCCCUUACGCCUCGCCAGACCAAACCGAAUAAAGAUUGCGGCGUUAGAUAUGCCUAUAUAUGAUGGUUUCAGAUUACAUUGUCUAGAUGUCCUGUUUGCGUUGACGAAACGGGUGUUAGCCGAUGUGGAGGAGUCGGAGGAUUUCACUGAACUCCAGAAACAGAUGGCGGAGAAGUUCGCCGAGAGCUUCCCCGACCGCGAGCAGAACCAACCAACAACGACGACAAUGAAAAUCAAUAAAAUGAGCCAAGCGGCGAAGAUCGUGCAGCGAGCGUACCGGUUCUUCAGGUUGCGACGAGAAAUCAGCAAGGCGGCUUCAGCCAACCGGGCCAGUCAGGCCAGCGCCGCCAAUUCGCGGAGGAAUUCAGUGACACACGAACCAGCGAGGCUCAACCUGGACGUAAGCCAUGGCAGCUCGCUAGGGCCUGCUAUGGAACUUCCGGGACAGCUGGGUUUGUCCAGGAGUGCCACGCCUAUGAUUCCCGAGGAGAACUUGGAUAACUCUGCCACGCACAAUAAAGCAGAGAAAUAUCAGUUGGAGGAGCAAGGUAGUGAGAUCCAGACCAUUGAUGCAUCCGUUGAUAUUGUCGGGAGCCAAAAUACAAAUGAAGAUAGCACAACACAAGUAUGACAGCACUGAUGAGGGCGCUGUCGUGUCAUGUAGGUAAGAGAGGACUAAUGAACACUGUAAUAUCCUCACGGACACAUAUCCGCUAGUCAUCUUACAUUUUGGUCAUGCCAGCUGAUUAUGAAUGCAGAAAACAAAGUGCUUUAUUUUUUCAGAAACAGGAAAAGAGUGGUUUAUAAAUGUUUUUCUGUCUUGACUCAUAUCAUGAUAUCUGGACAGGACAAACAAUAGAUUGUAGUCUUUUUUUUUAAAUGAUGAUUUUUUUUUCUCCCCUGAUAAUUUAAUGCCAAAGUGCCUCUAAUUUCAUAUGAUCGAUAUACAUUUCUGUUAAAUCUAGAUCAUUAGAGGUUUUUAGAAUUUCUCUUGGGCAGGGACGCCGCCAGAAGGAGAUAGUUAAGAGUAAGACACCCGCAUUCAAAAUGUUACUGUCGGCAAAUUUUGAACUGUUCGAAACUGUUGGCAAAUUGAAAAGAACAUGAUGACCUUUUCUGUUUUGUUGUUGGACAAUUAACAAAUCGGCAAGCUUAUUCCGACACCUCCAAUGAAAUUGGUCUAUUGCCCCCCCCCCCCAUUCCUGGACCAGCAGACCAAAACAUUGUCAUAGCAAGCUUUAAGUAUGCUAGUUGCAUAGAUUUGAAAUAAUAAUAAAAUAUUUAUGAGCGAAAAUGGUUUAGAGCUUAACGCGGCAUGAACAGAAUUAUAUAAUGUUUAGAUUAACCGCAAUGAAUUGAAGAUUUGUUAACAAUUAUUUUGAGAUGAUAAUGAAAGAGUGAUUUUGAGGAGGGAAUAAUGAAGAAAUUUGAAAGCUUAAGGAAAUGUAAUUCCAAAUUAAACAUUUAAAAUCAUGAUUCUUGAUACCCAUGAUAAAGGGUUUAAAAGAGUCAGAAACAGUUAAUUACCAAAAUGCAAGUCAGUGUCUGCGUCACUACAAGUUUGCUCCAUAUCAAGCGCGGGGGGGGGGGGUGUAAUAGAGAAAACUUUGAAUGAACUAUUAUCAUGUCGACAGACACCAAUUGGACGAAAUGACAAGUUAUUAAAUCUAUAUUUUCAUUUUAAAUUACAUUUCAUGCGAGCCGACUUUGAAUGUAAGAAAAGAAUUAUGAUAUUGUGCAAUAAGUUAUCAUAUGAAAACUGUUUACAUUCUUGCAAAAAUUCCGAAAGCUCUUUUUUUCGAAAGUCAACAGUAUCAAAUAAUCAUUCAUUGAUACUAUUCACCAGUGCCUUAUUUUGAAUGUAUUUAAAGUAGUGUACUUUUACCUUUUUAUUUCGAACACAAUGUAGCAGAUGAAUAGUAUAAUAUUUUGUUUUAAUCGUUAGUACGUUAAUACUUAAUUCAUUGUUUUGAUGAAGGCUGAUUGUUUUACCGUUGCACUUAGUUGAUUCAUGAAUAACCACGGUUUCAUCUGAUCGAUUUGUAUUAAGAAAAAGACCUUGCGUCUUCUUUUGAAAGCUAUAUAUUGUUUCCUUUUCAAGUUCAUAGUUCAUUGCCAGGUUUUGUACAUUUUUGAUAUUUUUAAAGAUUUUUAGGAUCUGCUUUUGAAAUGCAAGUUGAGAAGUGGACUAAAGAUAUGAUAGUCUCUGUCAUAAAUAAGAGAACUAUGCAAAAUAUAAUAUGUCUAUUUCACGAAAUAAUAAUUAUGCUCAAUGGCGCGAACUUAUUUAUGACGGUUUUCCACGCAUGGACUGGAGACCGUUUCACAUUUUUUUGUUCAUUUUUGAAAUGUAAUGUCAAUGCUGACGACGAUGUCGAUGACGGCUACGACGAUAAUUGAGAAUGCUGCCACAUUCACAUUAGUCGUGCAUAGAUUUGUAUAUUAUAUGUAGGAACGAGAAAAGUAUUUUGUGUUUAUUUGAGAACAAGAAGAGUUUAUGUUUUCGUAUGGAUGCUAAUAAAUUUACAUGAUAAUUUGUACAAAAAUAAA